AAUCUCAACUCCGUCAGCUUUACCGUUCUCUUGCUUGUCCUCUUGAUGGCUUCUACUGGAAUCAUAGAGACCGAGGCUGCAUGCUUCAAGUUUUUCGGCGAAUGCAGGGCAGUCCCGUUUCUAGGUACAAAUACUAGUUGUACAAACUGUUGUGUGGAAAAAGUUGGGUCUGCAGUCUGUAGUGGACGUGUUGUAGUUGAGUCAGGUGUGAAUCACUGCCAUUGCUAUUCAAGUUUGUUUUCUUUCCAAAUAAAACAUCAAGGGCAAAAAUUAACACUGCUUGCCCCUAUGUGUAAGCUUAUGUUGUGUGCAAUUUCGUUUUGUUCUUAA